UUAUAAUAGAAAUGUAAGAUCAAAGAAGUAUUUUUUAUGUAAUUUUUUGCAGUGAUGGACACAAUUUUUUUCAUAUCUUGCAACCGCUUCGGAUUUUCGGGCUUCGAGUUACUUAUGUCUUCUGGGUUAACUGGUGUAUGAAAAUGGGGAGUGUUACUUAGUUCACCCUCAAUUGGUACAGAUAAUGCUUCGUAAUUAAUGGUCAUCUGGUAUCCACAUCGGUAGGUGAUAUAAACGGGAAGUAUGAGGAAACGAUUUCGAAAGGAACUCCUCAUCACGCGUUUUUGGGAAUCCCUUAUUCUCAACCUCCCAUCGGAUCAAGACGAUUUAAACCACCACAAAAGGUGCAAAAUUUUACCACGAUAUGGGACGCUACUUAUUAUAAAAGCAGUUGUGUACAAUUUAGUUGGGAAAAAACUCUUUCGUGGAUGGGUAAAGAAGAUUGUUUAUUUUUAGAUAUUUUAACAACAGCGUUUUAUCAUAACGAAUCAAAUUUGGCUGUUAUGGUUUGGAUUCAUGGCGGGUUCUUUUUCUCCGGGGAUUCCCACAGUUCCAGUUAUAACCUCGAUUAUUUCGUUGAUGAACACAUCGUGAGCAUUAAAUUGAAUUAUCGAUUAGGAUUUUUAGGUUUUUACCACAGCAAAAAAAUUUUUGGAAAUAUGGGUAUUAAAGACCAAUUGAUAGCUUUAAAAUGGAUCAAAAAAAAUAUUAAAUAUUUCGGUGGUGAUCCAAAAAAAAUAACGAUUAUGGGCGAAAGCGCUGGAGCUGUUUGCGUUUCUUACUUGAUUCAAACUCCUUUGAGUAAAGGUCUUUUUCAACGAGCCAUUAUGCAAAGUGGUAAUACAUUAACAGGGUGGGCAAUUGCAAGAAAACCCUCAUCCAUCACGAAAAUGAUGUUAAAAUUAAAUAAGAUGUUGAUUAAGUUUGUCGAUAAGGUGUCUGAUGGAGUUUCAGGAUUUUUUUCGGUUUUUUUACCUGGUUUAAAAAUGGCUUUUGACACCGCUUUAGAUCCGCUGCAAGGUUUAUUAUAUGCACCAGUUAAAGAAAAAGAGAACCCAACAGCGAUUCAUUUGAAUGAUACUUAUAAGAUUUUAGAUAAAUGCGAAAAUGGGAGUUUUGUUCCCAUAAUGAUUGGUUUUAAUAAAAACGAAGGGAGGACGAUAACAGAACAUAAUAUUGUUACUAAAUUUCUUUCGAUAGUUUUAAAUAAUAUAUAUUCUAUAUUUUCGUCGAGUUUGUUGCCUAAAGAUGUGCAAAAAUUAGCAAACUGCUCCGAUUUGGGAACAGAAAUUAAAAAGUACUAUAAAUUAUCGUCUUAUAAUGACACAGCUAAAUUUAUAGGUGACGUAUUUUUUGUCGAACCAACAGUUCAAUACGUUAAAAUGUUUUCUAAAUGCAACAAGGUUUAUUUUUAUAGAUUCUCCUAUAAUGACGCCGGACACGGAGACGAUUUGUAUUUUCUAUUCGCAAAUUUCUUUUACAAAUUAAUAACGUAUAAAGAACGAUUGGUUUCUAAGAAAAUGGUUAAGAUUUGGAGUCAUUUUAUAAAAUACGGUUAUCCAAGAAAAAAAAAUAAAAGUUUAACUUGGCCCGAAAGCGCGCACGACAACAAUUACGUUUACAUGGAUAUUAGCCGGAAAUUAAGUUUAACCAAUUUAUCAUCGAGCCCCCAUUCUGAAACAUUAACUUUUUGGAAAAAAAUUUAUAAGAAAUGUGGAUUAGGUCAUUUAAAACUUUUCUGUUUAAACUACAUCUUCAUUUUCUUUGAAAAAGAUUCAUUAUACUUUUAUGAAUCAAAAAGAGCUUCUAAUUUGACACAUCAAAAUGAGGUUAGGUUGGUUAAACAAAAAAUCACUAUGACUGGUUUAAAAUUUAAUCAAGACACCCAUCAUCUUGACAUUAUUUAA